CUAUACAUUGCGAAGCCAGAUAGAGUGUAUAACAGCGUCAACAUGAUCUGGCUAACGGUCACUGUUGUGCUACUUGGAUCUUCUCUCUGCUGCGCACAGAUAGACCUGAGACCAUAUAACACCACAGCGAAAAUGCUCUUUGAUGCCAAUGAUAUUGACAAAGACCUGCAGAUUUCCAGCCAAGAAAUCGAGUACUCUUUCCGGCAUUACGAUUCCAAUUUUGACGGUGUCAUCUCACGAGAGGAAUAUACCACGUAUGCUACACACGCUGACCCCGCCAUGUUUGUUCUCACACACGCCCUGUACGACAUCUUCGACAGCGACAAGAACGGCGUCCUGACUGAAUAUGAUUUCAUCGAGCUGUUCAAGCUGUGGGAUGCAAACGAAAAUGGAGUAGUCAGUCAACAAGAGUUCAUUCACUGGUGGACAGUGACGCUAACGUCACUUGACCACCUUCAUCACCCUGACGCCACUCUCCCGCCAUCCAAGUUAGACACGUGACCAGCACAGGCGACACGUGGCUGUUCUCCCAGUGGAAGAACGUUCGUUGCAAUUAUAUACUGAUUAAACCAAA